AUGGCUCUCAGAAUAGAGCGGAUAUUUACAGUGAUAGCUGCCUGUCUUUUAACUACUAUUAAUGGAGAUGAAAUUUGGUGUUAUACCACGGACUCGGAAAUAAGAUGGGACUAUUGUGUCAGUCAUUGGGAUAUCUGCUUAAAGCCUAUUAUCUAUGGAGGCAAAUGUCAAACGUUGCCGGAGAACAAAAAUUCAACACACUGCCCAAACGACACGUCUUUCUACUGGUGCAGCCCAUACCUCGCUCUUACAAGUAUCUUGUAUGAUUUGGAAUGCGAAACAUAUGAAUGCUGUCCGGCUUAUCUUCCGACAACUCACCAAUCUCUGUCAACAUGGUCAAGCACGGAUUCUCCUGAACAUAAUGAAAAAACAGAAGCAUGCUGUCCACCUGCAGGUUUGGAAUCAUUGGUAAAAGCACAGACAUCCCUUUCUGGCCAAGUUGAAGGGUCUUCAAUAGCUCCCAAUACCUCUGCAGAAAUCGCAACACCGUCUUCAAGUUGCAAUCGUUGGACUUGUAACUUGUAUUUUGUUCAUUUUGUACUAUUUAUGGCGGUAUUUUUCGCAACUACAUGCACAAAAGAUUAUUUAUGAGCAUCUUCUGUCGGCGCAAAAGUAUGAACAAUUGACCCUUUCUAACAAUGUCUUUUGAGUGGUGCAGUGUCUUUUUUCUUUCACAUAAUGUCCUGUUGUUUAGUAUAUUGAUGUUUUGUUAUCAAUUGUUGUUAGGAAUAUUGUUCUGUAGCUGCUGACAGUAUUGUUGGCAAAACAUUAUCAUCAAA